CCGAACACAAUGCUAAUAGCAAACUCCGACGAGCUAUCUCUUCGCCUAUUUGUGUGUUAGUAAACCAAGCGGUUUCUGUUUUAUAACAUUUUCACGAAGUUCGCUCCGAUAAACAUGUAUGUGUGAGUUCGUCUGAAUUUUGUUUGCUAACCGUCCUCAAGUUGGUGUAAAUUAGGAAAAUUCGCAUCGUUAUAAACAUGUUUGUUUAUUUCCUUUUCUACGUGUUGAUUGCUUGUACUUCCAGAACUGCUGGAAUCACGACAAUCCAUCACGACAAACCAUCAGAAUCCACAAUACCAAAUAUGGCCACCACGAUGAACGAAAAUCCAGAAGAAAUCCUCAACAUCACCCUGUCGCCGUCGGAACGCCAAAAACGCUUGCUACCCUACGAAAACUACUAUCAGACUCAACCUAUGGCCCAACCCCAGCUAGAGCCUCUGUACGAACAUAGUGGGCCAUCCCAACGUUUCCAAUUCGACCGACCACCCCCUAAGAAAGUUUAUUUGCAAUACGACGACUUGAGCUACAAUCAGAAUCCACCCGACCACAACGACUUGUACCAAAGCAGCAAGUUCACGCCGUUCUUGGAAAGCAACGCAAUACCUGGCCCAUUCCGUCCGAUAAUUCCCAAUCACCCACCGCAGAAGUUCAAAGUGCAAUACGUAGCUGUACAGCGACCGCAACAAUCCAAAGUCAUCGAUUACAGUACUAUAUACGACAAAUUAUCACAAUUAAAACUUCAGAACUCCAGACGGCCAGCUUAUACACAAAGUCGCCGUCCUAUGGAACCGCCUCGGUAUUUCUCAAAGCCACAAAUCAGUUAUGUUCCUGAAGGAGACGUGUAUAAAACCAUACAACCGACGAAAACAAUUAUAGAAACUUUUACCGCCACUAAUAUCGAUAUACCAAGCGCGGAAGGCAUGCAAUAUAAUGCCCAGGAUGUCCCUCAACGUUUACAGGUAACCCCUGCAAACAGCUACGAAAACGAGGAAAUGUUUUACAAGUCUUUCCAGCAAAACGCAAAACCUUACGUCAACCAACACAUAGCCGUAGAAAUACCACAGUCCAGCUAUCCUCAUCAAAACUAUGAGCCCAUAGUGAUACAAAAAGUCUAUCAAGGUCCUAAACAAGUCAUCAGGAAGCCUUACAUCGUGCUUCCCAGACCUUCAGGGCACCAAGAAGCUAUCCUGCGCAAGCCCAUAGUGAUAAUUCAAAGGAAACCAGUCUACCGCGUCAAACCUACCUUUCAGUACGUAACUGAAACUCCUGAGUAUGAACCGAUAACUCCGAACUACAUCCCUCAGUACACAACUCCAAAAUACGAAGAGUAUCAAACUAUAGUGCCAGUUACUGCACCCCCUGUUCAGACGUAUACCGAGAAUCCAAACGCUUUGGGUCAAAUCCUGAAACACUUACAAGAAACAAACACAUUACCGCAAACACUGACUCCGGACAACAUCGACAAUAGUAUAAAGACAUUGGUAAGGAUCUUGGAGGCUUUGAAGAAGCAGCACAAGUUUUCCAAGCCCAUAGUGGUCGCUGAUGAUAGUUCCGAAGACUAUAAUGGUAGUACAGAAAAUGAACCAGGUGGAGUAAAAGGAGGACAUAUAUCCGAGAUUCCAGGAACUGUCACACAAAGUUUCCCCGCUGACACUCCUGAUGGUGGGACUCCUGGAAAGCCGGGUGUUGAUUAUCCGGCUUUGUCCAGUAUUCCUCAGACAAGUUUCAACUGCAAGACGCAAAGGUACAAGGGAUUCUUCGGUGAUCCAGACACUAAUUGUCAGGUAUGGCACUAUUGCGAUUUAAAUGGAGGCCAGGCGUCAUUUUUGUGCCCCAAUGGGACGAUUUUCAGUCAGGUUGCUCUCACGUGCGAUUGGUGGUAUAAUGUUAAGUGUUCCUCAACGGCCCAGCUUUAUGUUCUUAAUGAAAGAUUGUAUAAAUACAUCAUCCCCCUCUCUCCCAAGUUCCCGGAAGAUUACAGUGGACCUUUAGUUGACAAAUAUCUGGCCCUGAAGUUCCAGGAAAUGGAAGAGAAAAUGAGGAAAGAGAAGAAGGGCAAAGGAAACGCAGACAAGGAAAAAGAAAACGAAGAGCUUCAGAGCAUCGAAACUGAGGAUACGUCCAAAACGCCGAUUAUAGAACAAUCAACGCUAAAUACACAAAGAGAGACGUUAGAGACUAUUGAAGACGAUAACGACAAGAAAUAACAUAUGAAUACCUACACUUAUACCGUUUGUUUAAAGUGGCAAGUACUUCUGAUUUUUCCUCGGCCAGUUUCUAUCCUAAGAAAAGUUGCCGAUAGGCAGAUGAUUGAUUGUAUUCUCAAAGUUCCUGAUAAAAAUAGGUUUAAAUACCACUUUAAAGAAGCGCUAUAAACUUAUCUAAGUUACUCGUAAACUGAAAACGACAAUUCAUUGCCAUAUGUAGCAAAUGCUUUUUGACUCACCAGAUUGUUGUAGAAGCUAAGGAACUUAUUGUUUUCAGUAGCAUAGUUUUAGUAUUAAGUUAUUUAUUUCUAGUCAUCUGCUGUCGAAUAGAUCUUUACUUUACAUUAGUUGUGAAAUAAUAUUAUUUUUGUAAUGUUUUAUUUAACCGCUGUGGAUAUUUAUAAACAUAAGCUUUUCUUCAUUCCUUUGAUUUUCGGAAUAAUAAUCAUUUAGAUUUACAAAAUAUACCAUAAGUUCGAAGGAAAAUGGAAUUUUAAGACUUGGGAGAUACACACUUCUUAAGUAUACGGGGUGUCAAAAAACGUUGCAACGAACUUCAAGGACAGGUAAUAUUUGUGAAAAUAAAGGAUAGCCUUUAUAAUAUAAUAAUAAAAAACCUAUCCAUGUGUUAGUACAGACAAGAGUUUUAUCGUGGGAAAAAGAAUUCGAGUUUUAAGUUAUAGAAAACCAAGCAGUUGUCCAUGGUUUGAGAACUAAUUAAUUCAUACCCUCACAUGCGUAGUAUCUACAAUAUUGCUUCUAUGAUAAAAAAAAAGUAGGGUCAAAUUUGUAUAGAAAUCGUCCCCUACAAAUGUGUGUCAUCAUUUAUGAGCUAAAGUUAACAAUACACAAGAUAAUUCAAUAAUUUAAUUUAAUUUCUUUUUUAUAACUUAGAAAAAGAGAAUUGUCGUAUUGAAGUAAUGCAAUUUCGGCGAUUAUUUUUAACAACAACAACAAGAAUUAUAAUAAAUAAAACAACUUGCAAAGUAAACAGUUUCUUAGUGUCGUUUGGAUUGUUUGAGGAAUUAAAUCUUAGAAAGGCCCAUGUUUGCGAUAUCAUAUAUCAAUAUGGUAUCAAAUGCACUGUAAUUCUAAAUUUUAUUUUUGCAAUACGUAAUUUUCACUAAUUAAGCGUUUCGAUUUUCUACAAAAAUUUUAAAAAUUAUGACACAAUUCAUACACUUUGACUUACCAAUAACCUGCUUAAUUUAAAACAGUACGGCAAAUUUAUCUGCAAAGUGAUUUAUUUAUCUCGUAUGUGUUUUUAAAUGCAUCAAAGAGUCUUCUAUCAAUAAAAUCCUUGCAGAUAAAUUUAUUUAUUGAAUAAUUAUACUUUCAGGCACUAUUGUAGGUAAAAUUAAAUCAUUUUUUAUAUUUUUUUUACGAUUCCUUAGUGAUAGUG